UUGGACAUUAAUGCCUUGUUAGCGUGUUGUUUAUUAUUUUGACAUAUUCAAAGCACGCGCGUGGAGUUUAUGCAUACAUGUUGAACACGUUCGAAGAACCCCGCAGAGUUAUACGAAGGCUUAUCAGUAAGGGAGAUUAAGAGUCUGUUAUUCCUUUGUGAAUCUGUUGAUCUAUUAAACCCAGAGCUUUACACAUCUGUAGUUAAAAAAGACUACAAUGUUGUUGUUUGUGUGGUCGCUGAUUUUAACUUAUGGAUUAUAUUCCCCGACGACGGCGGGAUUGCCGGAUCAUUUCAGAGUGGCUGGGUUAUUUGAACCGGAGCACGUGGCACAAGAACUGGCAUUUAAAGCAGCUAUAGAGAAAAUGAAUCUUCAUCAAGUGGUCGGAUCAAGUAGGAUGAUAGUCUACCACGUGGAACACACUACAGCACACGACAGUUUUGAGGCUAAUAAGGAAGUGUGUCGCCAAAUGAAAGAAGGCAUCGCUGCAGUGUUUGGACCAAUCACAAAAAUUCCUCGUGCGCAUGUGCAGUCGAUAUGCAACUCGUAUGAAAUUCCACACUUAAACGCCCAAUGGGACGCCCGGGAUUCGAACGACUACUAUUCAAUUAGCGUGUACCCAGAGUACAACAAGCUGAGCCAGGCGUAUGCGAACCUCCUGAAGCACUGGGGUUGGACACGAUUUACAGUGAUUUAUGAGGAUGAUGACGGUUUACUUCGUCUGCAAGAAGUACUAAAGGCUACGAAAGAAAGCGAGCAAAAGAUUACAGUACGUCGGCUGGACCCUUUUCAGAACACAUAUAUAACAAUGUUUAAAGACUUGAAAGAAAAAGGGGAAUACCAUAUAAUAGUUGACUGUGACGUCAAUAAAGUUCAGCCUCUUCUACAUGAGGCAUUGAAAGUAAACAUGUUAUCAGAGCUGUACCAUUUCCAUUUUACAACACUGGAUUUGGAUAUCGUGAACCUGGAGGAUUACAAAUAUAGUGGUGCCAACAUCACCGCCAUGAGGCUCAUUGAUCCUUCGAGGAAAGAGGUCCGGGAGGUGAUCCAGGAUUUUAUCAAUUUAUCUGAUAAUGGUAACCAGCCCACGCCUUUAGAACGCGGCCAAUAUCUCAGGACGGAAGUGGCCUUGAUGUACGACGCUGUGCAUUUGUUUGCAAAGGCUUUGUCUGAACUGACAGUGGCUCAGCAGUUUGAAACAGUCGGUCUGUCCUGUAAUAAGAAACAAACCUGGCAGUAUGGCAACAGUCUUCUCAACUACAUGAAAUCGAUGGAGGUGAAAGGGUUAUCCGGUGAUAUUAUUUGUGAGAAAGGAAAGCGCACUGAUUUCAAUUUAGACAUAAUCGAACUGUCACAGUCUGGGCUUAGAAAAAUUGGAUACUGGGAGCCGAAGGAAGGAGUUAAAAUUACUAAAUCAUUCAAGGAUAGAAGGAAGGAGACAAAUGAGAAGCUCAACAACACGACGUUACGUAUUGUAACAGUUUAUGACCCGCCCUACCUUACGCUGAAGAAGAAUCCGGAGGGUAAAGGUCCUACGCAUGAAGGUUUUAUUGUAGAUUUACUGGACCUCAUAAAAAGUCGACUUGGCUUUAAUUAUACAAUAUACGAAGUUGCUGAUAAGAAAUACGGUUCAGAAGUGAAUGGUGUAUGGAAUGGUAUGAUCGGAGAUCUGUUGAAACGAGAUCCUAAGGAGAAAGCAGACAUGGCGGCCGCUGGUAUGACAAUCACAUAUGAACGAGAGAAGAUUCUAGACUUUACAAAACCGUUUCUUAAUCUCGGUAUAACUGUGGUCUACAAGAAACCGACUAAAGCGCCCCCAGAGUUGUUCUCUUUCUCUUCACCUCUCUCAAUAGAUGUGUGGAUUUAUAUGGUCGCUGCGUAUUUGUGUGUUAGCUUUAUGCUGUUCGUGAUAGCAAGAUUUAGUCCUUACGAAUGGACCAACCCUCAUCCUUGCAACGAAGAUUCGGAUCUUGUAGAGAAUCAGUUUACUAUAUGUAACAGUUUAUGGUUUACUAUUGGAUCUCUUAUGCAGCAAGGAAGUGAUUUAGCACCGACGUCAGCAUCUGGAAGGAUUCUCGCAAGUUCUUGGUACUUAUUUACACUGAUCAUGGUGUCCACGUACACGGCAAACCUCGCCGCAUUUCUAGUUGUAGAACAAUACGUGUCACCGAUCAAAAGUGUGGAGGACUUAUCUAGCCAAACCAAGAUCAGAUAUGGAACUUUAGGCUCUGGCUCAACGAAAGAAUUCUUUAUGAAUUCCGAUAUCCAAACAUAUAAAACGAUGGCUAAUUUUAUGAACAACAAUCCGAAUGCGACAUUUGUAGAGUCGAAUACAGAUGGGUUUGCAAGAGCCAACAACUCAGACUAUGCAUUUAUAGCUGAGUCUACCACAAUUGACUAUCAGGUGCAACGAAUGUGCAAAUUGAAGCAGAUUGGCGGAUUGUUAGACUCUAAAGGAUAUGGUUUAGCAUUCCCAAAAGAUUCACCAUGGACGGACGCUAUAUCCCGCGAGAUUAUAUUUUUACAAGAAAAUCAGGAUAUACAAAAAAUAUAUAAUAAAUGGUGGAAAGAAAAAAGCGGAGGAAAGUGCGAUGUUGACGAUCAGAAGAAAGAUGCUAGCUCAUUGGGUGUUAAACAUGUGGGCGGAGUUUUUGUAGUGUUAGUAGGCGGUCUUGUAGCAGGACUAUUUAUAGCAUGUCUAGAAUUUAUGUGGAAGGCGAGAAAAAAUGCCAAGAAAGAUAAACAAUCAUUUUGUUCCGAAAUGUCAGAGGAACUUCGGUUCGCUAUUAAGUGUUUUGGCGGGUCAAAUAAUGCUACUCGACGAGUAGCUAGUAAGGAGAUAGUAGACAAUGGUGUACAAUUUACUCCGAUGAUACCUAUACCUAAUAACAGAAAUCAAAGAGAACUAUAUGCGUGAUAAUUGUAAUAUAUAUGUAAAUAAAGAUUGGUGACAGCUUUAAGGUGUUGGUCGCGCUAUGAUCUCAUUCACAUCUGACUUUUUUGUUUAGUAUACAUUUGUUACUUUUGUUUAACCAUUGACGAAUGGUUAGGCUGAACGUUUGUAUUAUACACUGCAAAUAUGUUGAAAUUGGAUAGCAGCGUUUGCUUAUUAUUAUCAAACAUAACCAAGUACGGCGUGAGAUGACUAAUACAGACACAAUUCCUAUCAAAACAAGCAUGUCAAGAUUAUUGAAUUUGAUAAUUGAGAAAACAUAUAUUGCAUUGUACCUUUUACUUUUAGCUCCCCAUUCAAACUAAAAAAACACAUUUGGAAUGCAUUCAUUAAAGCCAGAUGUUAAUGAGAAAGUUUUGAAAAUGAAGAAAUGUGCCAUGAUCUUCAAAUUGGAAGGCCUAUUUGGAGUUGAAAAACAGUUUUAAACUGAACUUAAAGCUCAAAUUUUGGGGAUCAAAAAUGCAUGAGUUGGCUUCAGAGCCAGAGAUAGAUCAUGCCAAGAUAAAAGCUCAAGAUUGAUUAGAGGAAGACUGUAAAUUGCCGCUGAUAAAGAUGUUUCUUCACUAGAUUGAAAAUGACGUUACUGGUAUACUUAGAGUCUUGAAAGUGCCAGGGCAAGAAUUGAAUGAUGUAAAAUCGGACACGGAGGAAAUAAUUAAAGAAAGAAUUUGAUGGUCAUCUAUAUUUGUUUAUCAAUAUGUAUUCAUGAUAAAAAUGACAAACAUAAGGCUCUGUUGGAUUGUUUAAACUUUUGAGAUAAACAAUAGACGUUUACACUUGUAAAGUUUAUAAUAAUAUAGCUUUCUGAUACAGUGUUAACGAAGAAAAAGGGACAUAAUGACUGGUGUGAAAUAUAAUUAGCUGUAAUUGGUGAUAUCACAAGCAUUUGUAUUUAUAAGCAUUUCCAUCCAGUUUAUUGUAUUUGUGUUUUAGUAAUUUAAUGCAAAUGUUCUUUUACAGUUUGUAUUUUCUGUUCCCGUUGUUUAGUAGACAGCAUUUAUUUAGUGGCUAGCGAUAUAUAUUAACGAUUAUUUCAUUUUGUAAUACAGACAAUUUUGAUGCUCUUAUUUCAUUUCAAAUAAUUGACAACCUAAAUAAGAUAUAUAUAAGUAAGCAGAUGUUUUGGUUUGUUUUUACAAGAAAAUACAUGUAUAUCAUUUUUGAUAAAAGCUAAUCACCUGUUUAGCUAUUUCAAUUGAUAUACAAGAAAGAAUAGAAACGCAUUUUGUUUAGAACUGAACUUAGUUACUAUGUGUUAAAUUUGUUUUGCUGUGCUUUUCUAUGUUUGGUAUCAACGCCAAAUUUAAUUAAUUGUUCAUUACCAUGCAUUAUGUCAAAUAUGAACUGUUAUCAUAAAUCUGUAAGAUAUUGUACUACCUUUGUUAGAAAGGCAUCCUUAAUAUUUCAUGAAAUAACACAAUAACGUUUUCGUUUUUUAUUGACAAUGCACGAAGAUUGUAAACGAGCCCUACGGUCCUAAUCAUUCCUUAAGUCUCCACAUCAUAUACGUAUAUAAAAUAAUACAUCACUUAUUCAAAUAACCAUAUAUUCAUUUAAAACAAUCCACUUCAAAUGUAUACGAUGCUGUGUAUCAUUGUUGUGUUCGUUUGUUUAACUUUAUCGUUUUUUUUUUGUAAAUUGAUAUGCAUUUUGUAAAACUCAUUUGUACAAAAUAUAUAAUUAUAUAGACAUAUUAACAAAUUUAACUCCAUUAUGUGUUAUAUUUAUUAAUAUAUAGACUACCAAAAGUGCCUUAUCCGGUAUAUAAAAUCAAACGUCAAAUACUGCUGUUGAAAUAUACGAUUGGCUUAGAGUAUCAACCAUAUUUGACAUGGAUAUUAUGUCAAACUAUCACUAAAUAGUAACGUUUUCUGCCUGUAAAAUUUCAUUAUUAUAUUGCUUUUUUGAUUUAAAUGCAUCUACUUAGUUAUUUUAAUAAACACAGAAAAAUGCCAAAAAAAAAACUUAGCAAAGAAAAGACUUUGUUCAGAUACGUUUCUAUUAGAAGCAUUGCAUACAACAUUAUGCAAAUGUUUACUGAUGUUUUCAUUCAAGGAAUUACGUUUACGUUUGAUGAUUACGUUUCAUGGUUUUUUGUUUAGCAUUUCCACAUGUUUUCCUUUUGACCAAAUUGUUGGCGCCUUUUUACCAUGUUUUAUAUAAUACUUGUUUUAUUUCCAUUUGUUGGAUAUUCAGUUAUUUGAUUGAGACAGACUUAUACUAAUUUUGACUUAAUACUUUGAGUUUCCGAAUUGGUUUGUUAACUCAUUCUUUGUCCUGAACUUUUAUAUCAAAUGUGAAAUAAAUAUGACAUAACAUUGCUGUUAUGGAUAUUUUAAUAUUUGAUUUGUAUAAGUAGUGUGUAUAAAUCAUUUCAUUGUUGUUUGCAGUCUUUGAAUUGGUUAAGAAUGUUGAUCAUUCUAUGAACAUUUAUUCUGAAAUAUUUGACAUUUUACUGUGAUGUCAUGUUACUAAAAUGAAUUUACAUGUAUUCGCAGUAGUAGUUUAAAUAUAUACUAAGCUUAUCUUUGGGUAAAAUUAUAUAAGUGCAGAAAUUUAUUAAAAUCUAUAAAUUCUUACUGAAUAUGUCUUAUUUGAAUAAAAGGACGUACAAACUUUUUAAUGGGAAUCUGCCUUCCUUGUUAUAAAUGGUCAAGUAAAGCAGGCCCUUUCUUAAAAAUAUCUGUCAGUUUUUUAAUGACACUACAAUGACACUAUAUAUUCAUAGUGUGUCCACUUAAUGUAUAGGAAUUAAAGCAUAAUAUAUUCACUUCAUGUGAAGUCAAAACUUGUUUAUUUAUAAUUUACAAAGAAAUCGUGUAGCACUUAUCAAUAUUUUUAAAUAUUAAAUUUGAGCAUAGUAUAUCUUUAAUUCUGUGUUAUGAAAUAAAUGGUUUCGCGAUAGAGUGGACUCUAGUGCUCAAGUGUACAAGAAACAAACAUUUGCCACAUGUAUUAUAAUAACAUCAUCGGUAUCGUUCAUAUGAACUCUCUGACCCUUAUUCCUAAAAGGCAUUUUUUGAGAGUUGUUAUUUUAUAUUUUUGUACAAUACUCAUUGUUUUAAUCAUGUUUUGUUGAGUAAUUGUCAGUAUUUGAAUAUUAUAAAAGUUAGUACAUGUAUUUGUUUCCUAGAUGAAAUGUGUUUUUCUGGAGUUGAAACAAAUGGUGAAAACAUGUACUGUUAGAGGCGAUAACUUGUAAAAAUAACUAACUAUAAUACCAUUGCACCUUUGAAAUUAAAAAUUGGAGUAUACUUACUUUGGAUAACCGGAUUAAAAAAGUCCUUCUGAUAAUGAUGUUAUUGUUGUGGCAAGUACGAAAGCAGCAGGGCGGAAGGUGUCAUUUACUUUUCAUAAUUAUGAUCAGAUUCCGAAAAAAAAAACAAAUACACGUGAGCUUAUGAUGUUUUACUGGACAAACAUUCUUCCGAAAUUUUGAGUAGCUUAUUUAAUUACAGUGGUAUAAUUUUGCGAAUACACGGUGUGAAUAAGCGAUAAUUUAGGAGAUUAUGUUCUUAUUGUUUGUACCAUUAUAAUAUGUUUUAUUUAAGAGAAAAUGUUAAAAACAUGAUGUUAUCAAAAUGGUAUGAAUAUAUGUAAGUUUGUAAAUAUUAUAUGUAUUUGUCAAUUCUCAUAUCUGUUACUUCUGUGAGUGAAAGGAAAGAUUGUUUAAACGUUGACGAAUGUUAAAUAUACAGUUCAUGAUGACUGUGCUUAAAUGAUUUCUGUAUCCAUUAUGAAUAAAUCCAUUUUAUAUGAUGUAAAUAUUUGUACAAAUUUAAUUAUCAUAAUGUUUGUGUCAUACCAAUUAUCACUAUUGUCAUAAAUCAGUAAACGUCCAGAAUAUC